GGAGAAAAUAAUACCGCCUCCCACCCUUUUGUAAAGAUGGCGGAACCGUUUUCCGAACCAUUACUUCAGUCAUCAGUGUUAUAGCUCAGCUAUCCCCUUUGAGCAGAAAAGUCAUCAACAAAUCCCAUUACUGGAGCACUAAAAAGAAAGAAAAUGAUGGCAAGAACAAUGCAUGCAAUUAGAAAACUGACAUUUCCUUUUGCCAAGACAAAAACAAUGGCGACUUUUACCCCAGUGAAGGCCAUAGGGCCAAUUACGAAAGGGAUUAUUAUGUACUCUCGGUGUAGUCUAGCGUAUCGGAAGCUGCAGUGCUUCAUAACUGUCGUUUGCCUGUCUUUGGAGGUGUGGCAGGGAAAGGGGGUAGGGUUAGUAGUGUAGUUUUACAGAGAUGCUGAGAGAUCGGAUAACCAGCGGUAGGAGAGUAAGAUGGGAACUGGUUGGUUAUAUGGAUCAGAGGAGUAGGAGCUGUACCUGAAGCAGGCUGAAAGAUGACUCUGACUAAGGGUUCCUUCAUGUACUCCAGUGGUGAGGAAUACCAUGGCGAGUGGAAAGAAGGACGCAGGCAUGGGAUUGGUCAUCUGAAGUUUGCAGACAGCAGCAUUUUUUCAGGGCAGUUUGAGAAUGGGCUGUUCAAUGGCUGUGGAAUCCUGAUCUUCUCAGAUGGUUCAAGAUAUGAGGGGGAGUUUCACCAGGGGAAGUUCCAUGGAUUUGGUGUUUUUACUCGCUAUGAUGGCAUGAAAUUUGAAGGCGAGUUUAAAAGUGGACGUGUAGAGGGUCAUGGUUUGCUUACAUUUCCUGAUGGCUCACAUGGAGUUCCACGAUGUGAGGGUCUGUUUGAGGACAACAAGCAGCUGAGGAGAGAAAGCUGUCCAGCAGUUAUUCAGAGAGCACAGCUGGUGGCAAAGACAGCACGUGGCUAUGCUAUGUAGCAAGUGUGCUUGUGCAUGAGUAGCUAUACACGUGUGUAUGUCAGCACAGGUCAAAGGAGUUUGCAGUUUACAAGAGCUAGCUGUUUUAUUUGGACUCCAAAGCACGAAGCACUUAUUGAUCUUUACCGGAGUAGCCUCUAAUUAAGCCUUCUGUCACUUUAAACCAGGAACUGCAACUAUGUUAUGUGUGUUAGAUUAAAUCUGUGUGGAGAGGUUACUGGUUUGCAGCCCCCUCUCUGAAGUAAAUAAACAGCUAUAUGUGGCCUUCCACUUACUGUGUCAGACAGCCAUCAAUUCAGUAACCUGGUAUUAUAGAGCGACUUGGAGGAUCACACGUGCAUUAUAAGACAUUUCUGUGAGUGACUCACUAUACAGUCAGUUUACGGGUCUUUUCAGAUUACAGUGCUUUACAAGAACACUGCUGUUUACAGGCACCAGUGCUUUACUAUUUGCAUUAUUUAACUUUAGACUAAUAAGUUGGUUAAGAUCUUUAUUAUCUAUAGUUGAAGAUAGUGCAUUUCUGAAUAGCAGCACCUUAAGUUUGAAAGAAUGUUUUAAAUGUGAUUUUCUUUUCUUUUUUUAUAGAACUGCGUCUGUCUAAAUUGUCAGCAGCAGUUUUUCUGAUUUAGAAAUAUAGACUUUUCCCAGUUGUAUUUUUGAAAUUGGUGAAUAGUUUGGGUAAGUCUUGCUAAGAUAUGCCAGUCACUAUGGAGAGCAUCUCCCUUUGGGUUGUCAAAGGCCUGUCUUUUUCAUUGAGGCUGUGCUACCUAAUUACAAAGUGCACGAAAUUGGUAGUACUUUUGUGCUCAUGGCAGCCCAAAGCAUGUAAAGUAAAGCAUACUAUGCAAGGUAAAAGUUUGCUUCUGUUUUAGUUGAAAUUGUAUAAAAGCAACAUUACCUGUAACAGCUCUUAUUAUGUAAAGCCUUCCUUAUCAGUAAGGAAGAAAAUACAGCUGUGUAAGUAAACUUAGCUUAACAAAUGAUCACUGCUGCAGUAGCCAUGACAGGAUAUAACCCAUAUAGGUAAGGCUACUGCAGUAGUGAUCGAUGAUGAACGUGUUUUUGACAUGAGUAUAAAUAUAAAAUAAAUAAAUAAGAAUUUUACAAAACUAA